AUGGGCACAUGUUAUAGUAAACGUUCAGCCUGUUACGAUUUGACUCAAGCUCAUCAUACAACAGCAAUAUGUAUUUUAAGCCCCCCUGAAACUCCUCCCGCUACAUUGCGUCGUUUUAGUAGUUUACGUCAUAGUGUAAAAUCAUUUUCAUCAAUGUCAUGUCAGCGUCGAAGUAUUCGUACUAAACCAAUGGCAAUUAUAAAACAAAGUCCAAAAAAUAAACAACAUUGGUGUAUUAUAAAAUACAAUGAAACAAAAGAAGCACUUGUUUAA